AUGCAUGUGCUUGAUGAUGACAACCUGUCCAGCCAGCCGGCCGUUCAUGGCCACCAGUCCGGCACCAAAAAGGCUGCAGCGUCAGCCACUGUGACUGCGGUGUCUGAGCCUUACUGUGUUACAAGCACCCAUGGGAAAGUCUUCAUCAUCAGUCUGACGAGCAUCGCCAUGGUUAUCACCAUGAUUGCAACGAACAUCGUGCUCCCCGUCCUGCCCAUCCUGCAAGCUGAGUACGGCGUGACCACGACGCAGAUGAACCUGCUCGUCACCGUCUUCUCGCUCGUCCAGGGCAUCACGCCAGCGCUGAUGUCCUCGCUUUCUGAUCUCCAAGGACGCCGCAUAGCGUGGAUGUUCACGCUCGCGCUCUAUACGGUGGCCAACAUCGGGCUCGCGGCCCAGGACAGCUACAUAGCCCUCAUCGUCCUCCGAUGCUUACAGAGUCUGGGCAGCAGCUGCGCCAUUCCAUUCGGAUUCGCUGUUGCAGCGGAUAUCUCGUCUCCCGCGGAAAGAGGCCGAUAUAUUGGUCCGUUACAGGGGAGUGUUAUGGGCGCGUUUGCAUUUGGUCCGGUGAUCGGGGGCCUUUUGGCGCCGAGUUUUGGGUGGAGGAGCAUAUUUUGGUUCCUGGCCAUCGGCAGCGGUGCGGCUCUGCUUGCGUACAUCUUUAUCAUCCCCGAGACUGCUCGCAGUAUCGUUGGGAAUGGCUCUAUCGAGCCAGCAGGCUGGUGGAGGCGGACUGUGGUGCAGAACAUCCAGCGAUCUUUGCAACGCGGUUCGGAUUACAAGCGCUCAGGCACACAGCACGGCCGCUCAGCGGCCUCGCCGCAGAGACGCAUUGGUGCUGCGGAGGUACUAAGGGCAUUCACCAUCCUUGCUGAAAAGGACGCCUUGAUCCUCGUCGUAUUCACCAGUCUAUUCUACUCGGGCGUCACAGCCAUGUGGGCAACCACCGGGAGUUAUUAUAGCAGUCUGUACGGCCUUGAUACGCUAUCGGUCGGGUUCUCAUAUCUCCCUUACGGAAUUGCCGGUUGCAUUGGGUCAAUAAUUGGCGGAAGGCUGCUCGAUAUCAACUACCGCAGGAUCCAGAGACAUCAGGCCCAGGCACUAAAGGAUGCCGACGUACAUAAACCGGCAGACGCCGACUUUCCGUACGAAGUUGCCAGGCUCCAAGUCGCAGCGCCUUUUGCGCUCCUGGCUUCCUUGUCGCUAAUCACAUACGGCUGGAUCGUCCAAACCCGCCAGUCUCUUGCGGCCGCAUUGGCACUGCAGGGGCUCAUCGGUCUGAGCGGAACUCCCCUGCUGGGAAUCAUAUACACGCUCCUCAUUGAUCUCUAUCCAACUCAGGCUGUGGCAACACAGGGAGCGGCUGAUCUAGUGAGAUGUUGGCUGGGGGCGCUCUUCGCUGCGGUUAUUGACUAUAUGCUGGAGAGCAUGGGUUGGGGAUGGUCCUUUACUCUUCUUGGGUUGAACAUGGCCGUUGUUAUGCCGUUGGUUGGUCUUGUUUAUGUACACGGACCAAGAUGGAGGUUGAGAAAGGCGAUGCAAACGAAUGAGAAGGAAGAUAGUUAG